UGCGCACAGUGGCUGUCCCAUCCUCGGAAAAACCACUUCUUCCACUCGACUUGUAUGUGAUUUAAUCGACUUUAUUCUCAGUGUCGGAUUUUGUGCGUUACAACCCGCAACUUCAGUGAUAUUAAAGUCGGUGCGCAACAGCGGAGAAGAGAAGGUGAAUUUAUUACUAACACAAGACAACGAAGGACUUAUUCUGCUCACGCCACUGAAGAUCAUGGAUGCACAUGGAUACUCUGCAUGGCAUCAUUAAAUGCUAACCGGUGGAGUUUAAGCGCACUUCUCCUCCUUGUGAAGUUCUUCUAGUUCUCCGAUGAUGGACGGCAGACACCCGUCCAGGACUGUCACACCUGCCUCUGCAGCUUUUGCCAACACAUGAGAAGGAGAAACAUGUUUUGUCUGAUGAAAUCUCGGAGCUUAUCAGACAGCAGCAGGGCUAUGGGGAUCAGACAUGGGACAAAAGUCCAGCAUCACUCCAAACCCAUCUCUAAAAUAUACUUCUUUUUUAUUCUGCUCCUGCUUAUUUUUACACCCAGAGUGGAUUCAUCGUGGUGGUACAUCGGAGCGCUGGGUGCUCGGGUGAUCUGUGACAACAUUCCCGGCCUGGUGAACAAGCAGCGGCAGCUGUGCCAGCGGCACCCGGACCUGAUGCAGUCCAUCGGCGAGGGAGCCAAAGAGUGGAUCAAAGAGUGCCAGCACCAGUUCAGACACCACCGCUGGAACUGCAGCACGCUGGACCGGGACCACACUGUGUUUGGCCGGGUGAUGCUGCGAAGCAGCCGUGAGGCAGCGUUCGUCUACGCCAUCUCUUCAGCAGGAGUGGUGUAUGCCAUUACCAGGGCCUGCAGUCAGGGGGAGCUAAAGAUCUGCAACUGUGACGGCCAAAAGCGAGGGCGAGCGAGUGACGACAGGGGCAGUUUCGACUGGGGAGGAUGCAGUGACAACAUCAACUACGGCAUAAAAUUUGCCAAGGCCUUUGUGGAUGCUCGAGAGAGGAUGGUUAAAGACGCUCGUGCUCUGAUGAACCUGCACAACAACCGGUGUGGUCGGAUGGCAGUGAAGCGCUUUAUGAAGCUGGAGUGCAAGUGUCACGGGGUCAGUGGCUCCUGUUCUCUGAGGACCUGCUGGCUCGCCAUGUCGGACUUCAGGCGAACUGGAGACUACCUUCGCAAGAAGUACAACACAGCCAUCGAGGUGACCAUGAACCAGGACGGGACGGGCUUUAUGGUGGCUGACAAGGACUUCAAGGGAAGCACCAAGAAUGAGUUAGUGUAUGUCGAGAACUCGCCAGAUUACUGUCUCACGGACCGUGCAGCAGGUUCCUUGGGCACAGCAGGCAGAGUGUGCAACAAGUCCUCCAGAGGCACAGACGGCUGCGAGGUCAUGUGCUGUGGGCGGGGCUACGACACCAUGCGUGUCAAACGUGUCACCAAGUGCGAGUGCAAGUUCAAGUGGUGCUGCGCUGUGGAGUGUAAAGACUGCGAGGAAGUGGUGGACAUUCACACCUGCAAGCCCCACAAGCGACCCGAUUGGUUGGACAUAACCUAACGAGGACACCUGACCAAUCACACGUCACCACUGACUCAAUAACCUGCUCGCUAAUGACUGCAUUUUGUUAUGGGAUAUAUAAUAUGGAUAAUACCUCUGGCUUUUGAUCCUUUGACACUUCCUGAAGCAGAGACUUCACAGACCUGAUGCUAAACUGGAAAUUAGGCCCAGUUACUGAGGGUGUGCUGCUUUGUUCAGUUUUUUAAGACAAACUUUGAACCUUUGAUACAAAAUGGCUGAAUAUUAUAUUAUUCUGUUGUAAAUGCACCCUUGUUUAAAGCAGAGAUCUGAGGUAACCUCUGUAUUAUAGUAACAUUUAGCCUGAACAGAAAGCGAUGAAGAAAGAAAGAUGGAGAGAUCUUUUGAGAUAAUGUAAAGACACUGAUAUUGCAUCAUUUAAAAUGAUAACGUCAUUGUGUGGAACUGCAACAAAUCAUUUAAGAUACAAAAGACAGUUGCUGGUAAUGAUUGCAACUCUAACAAACUAACAAAGUUCCUACUAUAAGAUCAGACAAUCACACUGUGAAGCAAAAGGAACCGCAAAACGGAGGACAAGUAUGGACUGUCAAUUGAUGUGACCACAUACUGUACCUGCUGUAAGUUCGGCAGGUUCUUGGGAGAAAAAGACACACUAAACAGGAGAAAUGUUUCACAUUUUUCAUACAAUAUCUCGCUUGUUUGACUGUCUGCAAUUGGUCUAACACAUUCUGGCUAUGUUGCCUUAUGGAGAACUUUUA